AUGCUGCCAAAACUCGACGUGCAUGGGGCAAGAGGGCUCCAUCAGGAGGCAUCCAAAGCGCCGGGCAAUGAGGCGGUGAUUUCACUCCCUCGCCUGCGACUUUUGCGACAGGUAAGCAGCCAAGAGGCCCCUCCUCCCAAUCCAGGGAGACUAAUGCGCUCUCCGGGGCGCAGCGGUCACCCCCGCAGCCCUGUACGCUCGCAAGAGGCCCGAUCACCCUCUCCAUCGCGAGCUGUGCACAACGAGGAAUCUUCGUCUUACAUGCCUCAUCAAGAUGCGCAGCAGCGCGUCCGGCAUCACAUGAGACAAAAGCGCAGGAAGGCUAGGGAAGAAGAGGAGAUGCGUGCUUUGGAGGAGAAGGAGCGACUGGAGCGUGUUCACAAGACCUUGCCCCAAGUGGAGGCAUACCGCCAUGAGCUCGCGCGGAAGGCUGCAGAGCUGCAUCGUCGAGAGAAGGUCGAGAAGGAGACGGCGGCCCUGGAGCAGGAACAGCUGACCUCCGCCCGCCGGGAACGUGUGAACAGGCAAAAAGCUGCCAAUGCUGAGCUACUAGUAUCUACUGCAAAGUUCUACUGA